AUGGCGAUGUCUGCUGCACCCAUUGUUCCCCAGGACUUUGGCCCGGAUCCUGAGGUCAAGUUUGUACCUGCUGAGCCUGCUCCAGUCGGUCCAGAGCCUGUCAUUGCUCACGACCCUAUUGAUGUUCCAGCCGUUGCACUUUUGCCUGAUCCUUUACCAGAGCCUGACCACAUUGAUCUACCAGUCGUGGCACCACCCGUUGUUGAUGCACCCAUUAUUGCACCACCUGUUAUUGACCAUGUACCUUUUGCCAUCCACAUCGAUCCUAGAUAUGCUGACACCCGUAAUGGGUGGAUUGAGGAUGAUGAUGACUAUCCUCCAUUUGUUAUACCAGUCACUCCUCCUGCUGCACCUGUUUUUGCACCUCCUGAUAUUCCCCAGUUCCACCCACACGUAUCUGACGUCCAUCACACAGACUUACCCAUCACUUUCCUCCAGGACAUACCCCCUCCCCGUCCAGGGGAAGGACCUUCCACACAGCAGCAGGAUCACGUGCCACCCAUGACAGCAGCCCUUCCAUCUAUGCCCUCUUUUACACCGGCUGCACACACCACAUCUCCCUUUGCACCCUCAGGCGAGCCGUUUAUGUGGACUUCGCCCAAUGUCAUGCCCUUGUCAGACCCAUAUCAUCCUUAUCAUGUGGGAUAUACCACGGAUGACAUACUUAUAUCCCUACAGUUACAGCGGGAUGCUUUGAGCUGA